AUGGAGAUGCAUUUUCAGAAAAUGAGCUUCACAGGCAUUUCUGAGCCUAUUGAUCCUGUUCAUCUUUCUGAAGAAUGCCAUCAAGAACGACAGCAGAAAUGCGAGAAGCCCACAUCUGAGGCUUUGAAGUCUUCCCAAAAUUUUCACAUUGCUAAGAUCAUGCUCUUACUUCGAGUCUUUGACAAGUCGUGCCUCUGCGAGAAGAACAAGCGUGUCACCAACUGCAGGGCGGCCAACGGCGUCUGCCAGUGCGACUCGAUCGGCUCCGGCGUGGCUGUGAACUGCGACACUCUGACUUCGAAAUGCCUGUUGAUGAAAGCAGAAAUGACAGGCUCAAAAUCGGGUCGUCGUGAGAAACCAAAAGAUGCAUUUGAAGAUACUGAUGGCCUUUACGAUCCUGAGUGUGAAAAUACUGGUGUUUUCAAGGCAAAGCAGUGCAAUGGAACCACCUGUUGGUGUGUGAAUACAGCUGGUGUUAGAAGAACUGACAAACAUGAUACAGACUUGAAGUGCAAUCAAUUAGUCAGAACGAUGUGGAUCAUCAUUGAAAUAAGACAUGCUGAGAGGAACACUCCUCUGAACGCUGCAUCUUUAGAGAAGUUCUUCAAGGAAACAAUUACCAAUCGUUAUAUGCUGAAUGGACGCUAUAUAAGUGUUCUGUAUGAAAAACCUUUCAUUACUAUUGAUUUGAAGCAAAAUGCCUCAGACAAAUCUUCUGGAGACAUGGAUAUAGCUGAUGUGGCCUACUACUUUGAAAAAGAUCUAAAAGGUGACUCCAUCUUUCUUAAUAACGCACUAAAUGUCAGCAUUGAUAAUGAGGUGCUGCAUUUUGAGAAGAUAGCGGUCUACUACGUUGAUGAAGUAGCACCGGAGUUUUCCAUGAAGUCUCUGACUCCUGGCCUCAUUGCUGUCAUUGUAGUAGUAAUAGUAGCAAUAGUUGCUGGAAUUGUUGUUCUGGUCUUCACAAGGAGGAGGAGAGGGAAGUACGUGAAAGCAGAGGUAAAGGAAAUGAAUGAAAUGCAUAGAGGGCUGAACGCGUAA